UGCAAUGGCAGCCGCCUUGACUGCCAGCUGAAUGUGCUCUUAAUUGCUUAGCUGCUUUUGUUCGAAAUAAUUGUGCUAUUAACAAACUAAAAAUCAAAGUCAACCAACAACAACAACAACAAAAACAACAAUGUUUGCCACAGCCAGCGAUACAUUGCGGAACAAGGAGACAACUCGAAAGAUCAAAACAAAGUCGACGACGUCAAGGCAAAGUCCAUUGAAAACCUGGUGGAAUGAUUACUCCUGCAUGGCUGGCAAUCGCUCGCCGCGCUCGAGCACGCCGCAUCUCUUCCAGCGCUCGAACACGCUGCCUCUGCAGCAGCGGCCCAGCCCCGGCGAGGUGCAGUACGAGAGCUAUGUGCUGGCCACGGUGGCGGCCAAUGCCAAGUCGCCGGUGGAGCAGCUGGAGCAGGUCAAGGGCGCGCCACCGCCGCCGCCGCCGCGUCGCCAUCAUCUGACGGCCACGCCCAAAAGCACAAAGGAGACAAAUGGACACGACUCUGCCAGUCCGCUGCAGUCGCCCGCCAGCUCCGAGGCUGGCCAGACCACGGCGGAUGCGCAGGCACUCUGCCAGAUACGCGAGCAAAUGGCGUUGAGCCUGAAGCGACUGAAGGAUCUGGAGGAACAGGUCAAGGUCAUACCUGACAUGGAGCUGGAGCUGAAUUCACUGCGCUCUGAGAAGCAGCGGCUGCAGCGCCGCAACGAGGAGCUGCUGCGCAGCCAGCGCCAGACGCCGUCGCCGCCCAGUCCGGGCGUCAAGAACGGCUCACCCGUGCAGUUUACGCCGCAGCGCAUCAGUCCCGUUUCGCUGGAGAGCUUGGGCGCGCGCAUGCGCAGCAGCUCCAGCUCGCCGAGCAUCAUACGACGCGAUGUGGCCACGCAGGCAGCGGGCAAGGCGGUAGCCACGCGGGAUGCGGCCGUGGGCGCCCAGCUGAGCGUGCGGCAUGUGGGCACGCAGCAGGCGGAGGCGAUCUACUCACAGGCGGAGCUGAAGCAGCGGAUCGAGCAGGCGAUCGGCGAGCGGAGGCAACAGCGGCUCAGGCAGCUCAUCUCGGUGGGCACCCAGAUGUAUGUGCCGCAGCGCGAGCAGCGGGAGAAGGGCAUGCAGACGGUGCCGGAGCGGCCGGUGCUCAAGCACAAUGUGAGCAUCAGCGCCAAGCCCGCGACGAGGGAGAGCUUCACCAGCUGCCAGCCGGAGGUGCGCAGCGUGGGCAGCUCGGAGCAUCGCAUCACGGACGUGCUCUGCGAGAAGUGUGCCAUCAGCAAGCGCAGCGUCAGCGUCAGCUGCGGCACCGAGGAGCCGCUGGAGAAGCCGAGGCCAGCGGCCCAGCUGCUGCCGGGACGCAGCAACACCUUCAGUCUGGGCGAGCACGAGCAGCUGGCGAUCAAGCGCAAGGCCAUCGGCUGUCAGACGCUACCCACUCCAGUCCACUCGGCAUCGAGCCAGACCACAGCAGCCACCGUGCGCUCGACCGGAGCUCAGGUCAUGCCGGAGCAGCAGCAGAUGUCCACCCAAUGCGCGCCCGUGGAGGCGACCAGCCGGCAGACGGACACCAACGGCCUGCAGCGACUCACACGCAGCAGCGUCAAGGCCGAGCAGCUGAUGGCGCCACUCGUGCGACCCGCGACCUGCCACACGGGCAGCAACACCGAGCCGCAGCCAUUGCCCAAGCCGGAGCGCCUCACGGUUCACUCCGCCUGCAACACGGAGCAGGUGCGCAAGCGGGACGUCGGCUGUGGCGACAUCGUCAAGCCGCACAUCUCGAUCGCCUGUGCGGCCAACUACUGUGAUUCCUGCAAGGAGGCCAUCCAGGUGCUGGCCAAGGACUUCUCGAAAGCGGAGACCAGCGACUUGGCUCCCGUCUCCCCAACAGCUGCAGCAGCAGCGCCCGCAGCUACUCCCUCAGCCACCUCCACGGUGCGCCGCUCCUCCUCGGCGGACUCACGCAUACCGCGCCCCAAACAUCUCACUAGUCCCAGUCCGGUGCGCAAGCAGUUCCAGCGGCAGAAUACUUACACGCUGCCAACGGCCGCAGGAGCAGCAGCGCCUCCCAAGAGUCCAAAGGCGGAACGUAAAACGCUUCUCAGCUCGCUGCAGGAGAAGCCGCCGAGCGCUGCGCUGGACGCGUCGCCGGAGUCUCAGAGCUUUAUCAAACAGCCGUCCAGUAAGUCGACCGCCACGUCUAAGGAUCUGGACUUCACCCAGAUGGGCGACGACGAGUUGAUUGUGCGCGAGGAGAAGCGUGUCAGCAUUAGCUGGUCACGCGAUGCCUCGCCCGCGCCGCUGAUGACAUCCUCGGCCAACACGACGACCAGCAGCAAGUCCGCCUCGCCGGAGCAAGCGUCCAGUGACUCCAACGUGGAGCGCGAGAUAUCGCAGGGCGCGCGCAAGAAGUCCAGCACGCCGCUCAAGUCUAGUCAAAGCGAGGGCUCCCAGGUGACCGUCAUCGAGCGGAAGACAGAGGAUGCGGAGCCCGACAGCACCAAGGAGGAGCGCCCGCCUACCAAGGCACAGCUGCAUCAGCUCGCCCAGGCGCCAACGGAGCCCAGGCAAAAAUCUGAGCUGGCCAAGGAGCUGAAGGAGGCCCUCAAGGUGAUCAAUGAUUCGCUGCUGAAGAAACUGGGCUCUCGGCCAAUCACUUCGUUCAGCCUGAAGACAUCCAAGGCCACCAUUAGCGACCACUGGUUUCGCAUAUCCAGCACGGCCACAUCCAAUCCCCACGAGGUGGAGGAUUACUUGGACUACUUUGAAUCUCUGUCGGUGCCACUCUUGGAGUACUGUGUCAAUCUCUCCGAUAGCAAUGGCAACACGGCCAUGCACUAUGCGGUCUCGCAUGGCAACUUUGACGUCGUAUCCAUACUGCUGGAUUCCAAGGUUUGCAAUGUAAACCAAAUGAAUAACGCGGGAUACACGUGCGUCAUGCUCGUCUCGUUGGCCAAGCUGAAGCAGGCGGCGCAUCGGACAGUCGUGGAGCGACUGUUUCAGAUGGCCGAUGUCAACAUACGAGCCAAGAAGCACUGCCAAACCGCAUUGAUGCUAGCUGUGUCGCAUGGUAACAGCGACAUGGUCGAAAUGCUGCUCGAGGCCGGCGCCGAUAUCAACAUACAGGAUGAGGAUGGCAGCACGGCGCUGAUGUGCGCCGCCGAGCACGGCCGUGUGGACAUUGUGAAGCAUUUGUUGUCGCAGCCGGAAUGCGACUCGCUGGUCCAGGAUGUGGAUGGCAGCACGGCCUUCAAGAUCGCCUGGCAGGCCGGACAUCGCGACGUGGGCCUGCUGCUGUACGUGCACGAGCAGAUGCUGCGCAGCAAGCUGCCCAAUCGCGGGGAGCCCGUGCGCAAGUCUCUGCCCUUGCCCGCGCGCCCCAAGCAGCCAAAGUGAGGCGCUGCCAUUUUUGUAUUAGCGGCCAAAAUGUCGAACAAAACGUUAGUGGUAAGAUUUUGAAUUAGCAUUUCGUAGCGCUGCCUAGGGAAAAUAGCUAAAAAGAAAAACGCAUUCCAUAUCGGUCAAGCAUAACU